AUGUCCUCCUCAUGCGAGUUCGAGUCCCUGGAGAAGACUUUGGAGAGCCACAUCCCGGAGGCAGAGCUGGCCGAAGUCAGACGCAUUCUGUUCGGCAAAGAAACGCAGAAGCUGGAGCUGCCGUUGUGUGCCGUGGAGAGUGCGGCUCAGAGGGACUUUGAGCUGAAGGGGUUUGGCUUCAGAGCGUCUGUGGAGCAGCUCAGACCCCCCAGGGUGCUGCGUGUGGGGCUCGUACAGCACCACAGCGUCCUGCCCACAGACGCCCCGGUGCAAGAGCAGAUCAGCGCCAUGCACCGUCGAGUCGGAGAAAUGGCGGAGGUGGCUGCGAUGUGCGGAGUCAACAUCCUCUGCUUCCAGGAAACGUGGACCAUGCCGUUCGCUUUUUGUACGCGAGAGAAAGAACCGUGGACGGAGUUUGCAGAGUCCGCAGAAGACGGUCAAACCACUCGCUUUUGCCAAGAGCUGGCUCGUAAACACAACAUGGUGGUGGUGUCUCCCAUCCUGGAGCGAGAGGAGCUCAGCGACACGCUCUGGAACACGGCCGUGGUCGUCUCCAACUCUGGGAACGUGAUGGGGAAAACACGCAAGAACCACAUCCCUCGCGUCGGGGACUUCAACGAGUCGACUUACUACAUGGAGGGGAACAUGGGCCACACGGUUUUCCAGACUCAGUUCGGGAGGAUAGCGGUGAACAUUUGUUACGGGCGACAUCAUCCUCUCAACUGGUUCAUGUUCAGUCUGAACGGAGCAGAGAUCAUCUUCAACCCGUCUGCCACCGUGGGCGCGCUCAGUGAGCCCAUGUGGCCGAUAGAAGCCCGGAAUGCUGCUAUAGCUAACCACUGCUUCACAUGUGCCAUCAACAGAGUGGGAACAGAACAUUUCAAGAGUGAGUUCACAUCUGGUGACGGCAAAAAGGCUCACCAUGACUUCGGACACUUCUACGGCUCGAGCUACGUGGCGGCUCCAGACGGCAGCCGCACCCCCGGACUGUCCAGGACUCGAGACGGGCUCCUGGUGGUGGAGAUGGACCUCAACCUCAACCGACAGAUCAGCGACAAGUGGAGCUUCAAGAUGACCGGGAGAUACGCUGAAUACGCAGAGCUGCUGACCAGAGCUGCGGCGCCAGACUUCAAACCCAAAAUAGUAAAAGAAUAA